AUGGCAGCGGCAAGCCUCAUGACAGACUUUCAGUUGUACUACCACCCAUACUCUAUCUGCUCAUUAAUGGCCUUGUACACAAUGUCAUUCUACGGACAGCCGAAGAACGGCGAUUCUGAGAUGAACGUGGCUAUGCAGGUCAUUGAUAUUUACCACGAAGAACAGCUUGCUGAACAUUUUCUUUGUAACGUCAACAAGUUAGGCCAGGUUCCUGUGCUGCUGACUCCGGCUGGCCAGGAAGGUCCGAUUACAGACAGCCUGGAAAUGACCUUGUAUAUGGCUUCGAGAUACCCAAGCCUCAUUCCUAGCCAGUACAAAGAGGAGAUUGAAAACUUUCUUACCGACCUCCACGCACUCAACUACUUCUCCUUGUCGUUUCCUGGUCGCCCGCAGAUCGCGCAGAAACUUGUGGAAGCAGUACAGAGGCGUCUUGAUGACCCCUCCAUCUCGGACCGGCAUCGAACAGCCAUGGAAUUCAAGAAAACAUUAUUCGAGAAUGACAAGGUCAAGGGAUUGAUGCCCUCGGAGAUAGCUAAGAACGAAACGAAGGUACGUGAGCUGCUUGAAGCACUACAUGACCGAGUCGCAGACCCGCAGAGACGGAUAUUUGGAGAGAAUCCCACUGCUCUAGAUGCUCGCCUAGUCCCAUUCAUUGCGCGUAUGACAGAAAUCGGCCGAGAGAAACUCAUCCCAGAAAAACUGCAGCAGUAUUGCAAAUGGGCCAUGAAUGGUGACGACUGGAUGAAGAUGAUGAACGGAAGGAAGGGAACCAUGAUUCCAGUAAGCGAGAUGUAA